AUGAUUGACACAUCUGAAGAAAUGGCCGACGCGCCUGAACGGAGUCUUGGGGCUAUCAUCACCAGGAAGUAUGGUGUCGCUGAAAUACAAUCCGAGGUGGUUCGAUACAUCAAAAUGCUCGUCCUUACAAGUCCGCCUCCACCUUCACAUUGUCUUCAUACAGGCUAUUCUCCCAGGGACCACUACCCACUUUGGAUCAACACGAAGCACGUUACUUCGGCUGCCUUACUGCCUCGAGGACACCCUGUCCGUAGGACUCUAGCAGCAGUCUCAACUAUUCCAUUUCUCAAUGGCAGUUCCUUCAAAUUUGCUUCGGGGACUCAAGAUCAUCCUACGUCUGGGGCUGAUCUUAUCCACGAGGUGCGGGAGGCGUUGACCCUGUUGGAUUUAUCGAGCGAUGGACCCACGUUCAUAGAUCCUAAGAAUGAAACUACUUGA